AUGAAGACUAUCACAGGCCAAGUGGUAUCAACAAAGCCAGUCUCUCUAUCUUCAGCAGCCAAAAACCUCUCCGCCUUCGCCUCCCUGGAAGAGGAGAACGGAGCUUCCGAUGCAGUCCGCGUGUAUCUGAAACGUGCUUCUGAUGCCUUCGACAACUUGGUUCAAUUCCACAAGGAGCUAAAAGCGCCCCAUUCGAAUCGUAAACGUAAGGCAUCUCAACCUCUUGCUGUUGAUACAAAGAUUGAAACUUUAGCCACCGUUGACAAAAACCCAGAUGAAGAAAAGAUCAAGAAUGUAGAAAGUAAGGGCAAGCGGAAGAAAAAUCGCGAAUUAGAGGUAAAUGAUGAAGAACCGUUAAAGAUUGAUAAGGAUAACGGAGGGAUUGAUGAAGUUAACGCCGUGAAAAGGAAAAAGAAGAAACAUGAAAAGAUUGUAAGAGGUGAAGAUACAGAGGAAAGAGAUGAGGGUAAGAAUAAGGCUAAGCAAGAGAUUGUGGAAGUUGAAAGGAACAUUAUUGAUGAAGUUGAAGGUGAAAGUGUGAAGAGAAAGGAUAAGAAGAAGAAAAAGAAGGAUGAGGGUGAGGAGGAUGGAGAAAAUAUUGGCAAAAAAGGAAAGAAAAAUUGCCAAUUGGAGGUGAGGAGUGAGCAGAGAGAACAGAUUGAGCGAAGCCCUGAUAGUGGGGUUGGGGAGGAAAGGAAAAAGAAGAAACAUGAGAAGAUUGGGAGAGGUGAAGAUAGAGAGGAAAUAGAUAAGGUUAAGAAUAAUACUAAGCAAGAGAUUGUGGAAAUUGAAAGAGACAUGGAUGGAGUUGAAGGUGUCAAAAGUAAGGAGAAGAAAAAGAAGAGAAAAAAGAAUGAGGGUGGAGAUGAUGGAGAAAAUGUUGGCAGCGAAAAAGGGAAGAAGAGGAAGAGCAGGGAGGUUGAUGGUGGAGAGAGAAGUGAUUCUGCAGAGCAGAGUGGAAAGAAAAAGAGGAAAAAGAGGAAAACUGAAGGGUUUGAUGAAUUAUGA